CUCCCGUCUCUCCUCUCUCGAGUCUUGCCGUGACGCCGUUCCCCAAUCCUCACCCAAACCAAAUCAUCGCCCCGGCCGACCGACCGCGCCCGCGCCAUGGAUCUGAUCGACGACGCCGCCACCGAGAUCCUCCUCCGCCUCCCGCCGGACGACCCGGCGUGCCUCGUGCGCGCCUCCCUCGUCUGCAAGGCCUGGCGCGAGCUCCUCUCCGACCCCGCCUUCCUCCGCCGCUACCGCGCGUUCCACGGCGCGCCGCCUCUGCUCGGCUUCCUCCGCAACAUCUACGACGACGGUCCCUGCGCUCGAUUCGUCGCCUCCCGCUUCCCCGCGCCGGCGUUCGACCGCCCCAACUGGUGGGUCGUCGAGUGCCGCCACGGGCGCGCGCUGCUCCAAACGUUCGAGCAGGAUGCGCCCGCGCGCCUCGUCGUCUGGGACCCCAUCACCGGCGACCAGCAGCACGUGCCUGUGCCCGGGUACCCUUACUUCUACCGCGCCGCAGCGGUGCUCUGCGCCGCUGACGGCUGCGACCACCUCGACUGCCACGGUGGCCCGUUCCUCGUCGUCGUCAUCGGCGCCUACGACGAAGAGGAUCUCACUUGCGCGAGCGUGUACUCAUCCGAGACUUCCGCAUGGACCACGUCGUCUGCCAUUCAGCUUUAUGCCUACAUCGAGGAGAGGCCCAGCCUCCUUGCCAGAGACGCGCUCUACUUCAGCGUUCAGCAAGGCGAAAGGAUUCUCAAGUACGACUUCGUUGGGCAGGGCCUACAGGUGAUCGAUGCGCCGGAUAUGUUUGUGCAGACGGGGGCCAUUGUUGUGGCUGCAGAAGAUGGUGGGCUGGGACUCGCCAGCCUAAAGGAUGGCAACCUCCACCUGUGGUCAUGGCAGGCUGGUACUCAUGGUGUUGCAGAAUGGGUGCAAGGCAGGGUCAUAAAGCUCAGGAUGCUGAUGCCCACUAUCAAACCAUUGACCUCAAUUGAUGUGAUAGGCUUCCGGGAGGACACAUAUACCAUUUACAUUAGCACAGAUGUUGGCGUCUUCGCAGUCAUGCCCAAAUCAGGGCAGGUGAACAAGGUUGGCGAGAGAGGGUCCUAUUAUGCAAUCGCACCCUACACUAGCUUCUACACUCCAGAUCUUGCUAAGGGCAGAUUGCCACCACCGUGAAGAUGCCGUUAUCCAUCAAUUGAAACAUGACUGAGGUACUGUUAACUUUUCAAGAAAAAAAAAGGUUACCAUGUUCAAUUAGAAAUGUUUAGUUUCUAGGCUGUGCAGUUUAAGUAAGAAUCUGUAAGAAAAGAGCUGGAUACCAUGCUCAGCUAAAAAAGUACAGUUUUUUAGUUAAGCAGUUUAUAGGAAAUUGGUUGGCCUCUUUUGGGUCCUUUUCACUAAUAUUUUUGAUGGCUGUGGGCCAAGAUCUGUGUCAGGUUUACUAUCAUUUAUGCUUGGCUAGUACAUUUGGAAUCCAUUUAUUCUGUACGUGAGUUAUUCUAGUGUUUGGUUUCUUUUCUAAUUUCCACCCAAUUAGUAUUGCCAGUCUUUUAUGUCAUUUUUAAUACUGUCACAUUUUUUAAAGUAACAUCUAAAUACUUUAGGUUAAGAUUAUGUUAUUGGCAUUAACAAAGACACCAACAAUGACCGUUGUCUUCAGGAAAAAGCUGCAAUUUUUCAGUAUAAAACAAUUGUAACAUUCCACAAUGUGAUAGCGGCAAAUUGUCAUCCUCCAGGAGACCACAGUAACCUGACGAGCCCAAAUAGGAUAAUACUACUAUAGUAGGCAAACUUGUCAAAUCCAUCUGACUUGAUUCUGCUGGUUUUAGCAUCUUGCAAAGCUGAUGCUUUGAGUUCUCUUGUUUUUUGUUGGACACUUUAACUAAGGAAAUUGUAAGGUGGCGCAGUGCUAGUUCAUGAUCCUCACUCUUGAUAGUAUUUUGCAGACAUCUUACCCUAGUGCAUAACUCGCUAUUUCCUUGCAGCUAUGUACUCAGUUUAAGUAUUUUGCAGAGUAGUUCUGAAGCAGACUAUUUCAUGGAAAAAUGUUGCAAUUCCUUGGACUAAGUCACGCAUUACUAGUUUUCUGCCUUUUCUGGCUCUCUUGGAGCUGAAAAUAUUUGAAUUUCCGUUCAUUUAAACUCGGUACAGAAUAUUGGUAGUAUGGUGUAUGAACUGAUGAAUACUGAAAAGAAAACAGGUGCUACCGUAUACUGUUGAUGUGUGGUCUGUUACACAUGCACUAGGUAUAUAUUAUUGUGAGGGUAAUCCUGGAACAUGUUUUGCCUGACGAAGGUACUACUGCUGAUAUUGCAACAUUAUAAGCGGCUAUUGUAUCCAGGAGUAUCUGCGCUCUUUGUCAUGUAAUAUUAUCUAAUUCCGUUCCACAUACAAUCAUUCGAUCCCAUAGUGUUUGGCAAGCAUUUAGAUAACAAAAUUAACAUGUUUUACUGAAAUCAUUCGAUCCCAUACAUGAAGGCAGGUAAGCUUGGGUUGCCGGACUACCGUUACUCACUGUGUUCCAAAAUAAGUGCUCUUCUAGUUUGUUCUAAGUCAAACUGUCUUAAAUUUGAUCAAAUUUAUAAAAAAAACGUUUAUGAUACCAUGUAAUUAUCGUUAGAUUCAUAAUAAAAUAUAUUUUUAUAUUAUAUUUGAUGUCAUUAAUUUAAUGUUGUUCUUAUUAAAUAAGGUCAAACUUAAGAUAGUUUGACUUAUAACAAAACCUAGUGUACUUAUUUUGGAAUAGAGGUGGAAUAGAGGGAGCAACAAGCUUAUGGCAUUGUAGGUUGUCUUUCCAUACCAACUUUUUUUAAGGAAAAGAAAGCUUUACUAAAUGUUCAGAGCAUGGUUACAAUCCUGAGCAACAAGCUGACACACGGUGGACCCGAUCACACCAAACUGCACUCCCUCUGUUCCAAUUUGUUGGUCAUUGAUUUAUAGAUUAUGCUAUGCAUCUAGAUAUACAUUGUAUCUACAUAUAUAGUAAAAUUUAUAUAUCUUCAUUUGUCAAAAUGAUCUACAAUUUGGAACGGAGGGAGUACUUGGUAACAUAAAAUCUAGACACCACGUUAUUGCUAUCAAUCACUACCUUAUCCGAAUUCAAAAUAAAGGUAAUUAAACUUAGAGGGGUACUGCUCUCCUUGAUAUCGAGAUCUUAUUUUCCAUGUUCUUGCAGAACCAAGGAAAGGAUACCCAAGCCCUCGGUCUGAUUUGCUCUAAUUGAUACUGAAAACUAGGCUACUAGCAUAUAAGGAGUGUCAAAUUGCGAAAUGGGCACAACAAAUUUAUUGGUUGACUGAUGAAACUUGAAACAUCCGCUUAGGCCAGCCUCGGUGCUGGUUUCAUCAGCAAUUAAUAAUCUGCCACAGGCAUUUUUGGUGACAUGGCACUAGAUUGAUGAAGAGAGAGGGGGAGCAUUUCAUCCUGACGACAUGAGCUGGCUCCGGUUACCAAGAUCUUGUUAACCGGACGACACUCCGUUGAGAGGGGGAGCGUUUCAUCCAGGAUCCUGCGACGGUGGAAAUCCUGUGCCUUGCCAUUCCUUCCUCCCGCCAAUGUCCCGCGCGGCGAGCGCAAAUCUCCCGCGCGACAAAUUCUUCGCGCCAUCCCCACCCCAAUUUCUAAGUUUCUCCGGCGCUCAUAUAUGGAAGGCCCCUUCCAAUCUUGAUUUUUUUUCCUAUCGAAUCUCAGCUCCGCCCCCUUCCAAUCUCGUCUUCUCCCCCUUCCAAUCUUCGACUGGAGUGGCGUUGGUGCCUCCCUAGCACCUCGUCGUGCUCCCAUGGCGAGCAGACAGAAGAAGGGUGGCUCAAGGAAUAGUCCGGUCAACCUGGAAUUGCCGCCGCCACCACCAUCUUCUGCGCCACCACCAUCUGCUACGCCCCCAGCACGGCCACUGCAAACUGCUGCGCCCCCACCACCAUAUGCAUCAUGGUGGCCGGGAUCUGGUGCUGGGAAUCUUGGAGGUCAAUCCACUUCUGCGAAUCCAAGGGGUAGUUAUUUUAAUUUGUUACAGCAACCACUAUAUCCACCGCUGCAAUCAAUUGGAGAAAAUUCCUAUUUUGUUGGGGUUGCAAAGAGCAUGAAUCCACCAUCUCCAGCAACUACACCAAUAGGUAGGGUCAGCAUUGACAUUGAUGUCGAUGAUGGUGCGGAGGCAAGUAGGGGUGUGAAGAAAAGAUUUUGGUCACAUGAUGAGGAAGUGAGACUGGCAAGUGCUUGGCUGAACACUUCUAAAGACCCUAUUCAUGGUAAUGACAAGAAAAGUGAUUCAUUAGGGGGUCAAAUCACUGAGAAAUUUAACAAGAACUCCUAACCAGAUCGUAUUAGGGAUACUAACCAACUGAAGGUCCACUGGCCACGGCUGAGCACAGUGAUCAACGAGUUCAAUGGCUAUUGGAGUUCAGUUCGUAAAAUGAAUAAGAGUGGAUACUUAGACGACCAACUGAUGGAUGAAGCACAAAGGAGGCUUACCAACAAGAAUAAAAAGCCUUUUGCACAUGUGCACUGGUGGAGGAUCCUAAAGAAUGAACCAAAAUGGUGUACUUCUAUUGCUCAGGCAGAGAAAGAUAAAAGCAAGACUAUAUAAAUUGAUGAUAGAGGGGAACCACGUCCUAUCGACAGAGAAGCAGCCAAGGCAGAGCGCAAAGGGAAACGAAAGGCUGAAGAACUUAUGGAUGGCAUUGUCAUUCUCGGAGAUAACAUAAACAAAAUAGUUGAAGUUGCACAGGAGCGCAAGAAGGAGCGAGAAAAAGCUACAGAGGCACAGAUUGAGAUCUCAAGAAUUAACCUGAAGGUUGUGAAGGAGUAAAAGGAAGUAAAAUUGCUACAAGCUUACAAUUCUCUGCUGAUCCAGGACACGAGUAAUAUGACUGAUGAAGAAAAGGCUAGCCGAGCGAAGACAUUGCAAUGGAUGCAGAAGAAAAUCAUGGCUACUAAUGAGGAAGCAUGAGGCAUAUAUUUUCAGAAAGUCAUAUGAUCUACAGGUCGAUGUCUUGUGAACUGAGUUCUGUUGCACUUAUCUUUUUUUUAGACCAAGUAUUGAUCACUUUUUUUUUGAAGAAUGUGAUUGUGAACUACAUAUGUAAACUGAAUUUGAAGUGCAUUUCAAUUUAUCUUAUUUUUGCUCCAUUUACAUGUGAA